AUGUCGAAAUGCCAUUGUGGCGCACUCUCCACCCUCCACCCUCCACCCUCCACUCGCCACUGGCACGACAACACGCUGGAAUUGGAGAAGAGUGCAGGUGAGUGCGGAGGGAGGAAGAAGUUGGAAGCUGCAAACAGCGACUCCAUGUCUCGGAUCUGUGUGGAUUACAGUACACACCAACCACCUUCUCCAUUGGCCUACCUCACUCAAACACACAUGUGUGAGGCACAACUUCUUCCUCUACUCGUAAAUUAUCUGCUCAUUAAUGAUGAGACGACUGUGCACACCUCACACUGGUCACGAGUUGCGUUGUGCUGCAGUGUAGAUUUGGUGGGAAGGGGGAGGUGGGGCGGAGAGGAGGGGUUGGAGUGUGGAGACUUGACGCCUUCAUUCCCCACCAUCUCCUCCACUCAGUGCAUAUUCUUCCCCUACACCUUGACAUUCGUCUCACACCAUUCACCACAUCCACUCCUCACCACCAUCGCACUACCACACGAGACCAACUAUCACGUCGAUCAGGUGGAGAUUGGACGGGCAGACAUGCAGGCAGGCAAGCCCACAUGUAGGCAGGCAGGCAGGCAGGCAGGCGGUCAGGCAAUGCGACACUGUCCUACCAAACCAACACCACUUAGGCUCAGAUGCUGCGCCAACACUGCCUCCACUGCCAAGUCCACUGCACCUCACGCCUCCACCACUCAUUGUCUGCGCCUCCCCUCCCACCUCUACUUCAUCCAUGCCACAGACGGUAUCACGCCUCUAGGCAGCCUCUACAUGAGGCAUCUGGUGAUGCGAUCCACCUGA